UUGCAGGAGCCCUACGGGGGGCGGGACAGGCGAUUACAGAGGGCGCCUAACUCCUCUCUCUGCCUCGCCCAGACGUCAGGCAAAUGCGCCGCGAAGCGGAAGGGCCCCGCCGGAGGACGGACGCACACGCACACGCACACGCACACGCACAGCACCGGUCCCUCCCGGCGCGAUGUUUGUACCCUGCGGCAGUUCCGCUCCUCCGGACUUCGAAGGCUUCACGCUCCUGCUGCCAGCUGUAUCAGUUGGGAAUGUUGGCCAACUGGCGGUAGAUCUAGUUAUUUUUACCCUUGACAUGCCUAAAGUUGGUUACUUCUAUACUGAUUGCUUGGUGCCAAUGGUUGGGAAUAAUCCAUAUGCAACAGCAGAAGAAAACUCAACAGAGUUGAGUAUAAAUGCUGAAGUAUAUUCUUUACCUUCUAAGAAGCUUGUGGUUCUCCAGAUCAGAUCACCGUUUGUAAGGAACAAAUAUAGGUCAUUCUGUCAAACACUGCUUUCUUGGGUGAAAAGCAGUAGAUGUGCCAAAGUCAUUCUUCUAUCAAGCAGCCAUGCAUAUCAGUGUGAUGAUCAGCAGCUUCAUGGUACGCCACUACGAUACUUACUCUCACCUGCUAUUCAAAAAACAGCUGGAGAGCUAAUGCAAAGGCUAAACUGGAAAGAGAUGGAAAAAGUCGCUGCUUACCCAGGAGUAAAUGAUACAGACAUGGUACUACGUAUUCCUGGAGGUGGCAUCACAACAUUAUUAUUCAGUGAGAGUUGUUCAAAUGGAAUUCAAAUGGCAGUUCUGUUGAAAUUCUGCUCAGAGGGGGACAACAUCCCUGAUGCACUGGCUCUCGUUAACUACCUUAAUGAAUGGCUCCAGUUAGUUAAAAGUGAACAGAACAGCGCUGCCCCAGCUACUCCUUCACAAUGGAAAAUACCACAUUCUUGGAGAUUACUCUUUGGAAGUGGCCUUCCACCUGCACUCUUCUGAUUAAUCUGGUGUUAUAUAAAAUCUGUAACCUCCCUCUAAAGACUAACAGACUAUGUUGUUGCUUGUCAUUCACUAACAUGUAACUUGAAUAUCCUCUAUUUAUGCAAACAUUUCCUUUGAUACAACAUGAAUAUCACAAUUAAUGUAGGUCUCACUCUGACCAAAGAAGUGUAUGGUAUGUAUAGAAGUUUCUUUAGUAUCUUGUAGUGACUUUUUUCCUAAUAAAAUAUUGUUUAAAAAAAAAGUUUUUUUUCCUUUAGAGGGUUAAUGACACCGUUUAGUAUCCUGCUCACCCACCAUUGCCAUGAAGGUAACAAACUUUGAUCCCUAGGAAUUGCUGUGUGUGAGUCUAGCUUGAAGUCAGAGACCCUUUCUCCCCCCCCCCCAUCUUCCUGGCAGUCUGAGAGCAAGCUGCAAGUGCAGUGGUCCCCAACUGUUGUGGCCAGUAGCACAUUCAUCUUUUCAAAAGAGUGGGUGAGUGCAAACAAUUUUUCAAGGCUUGUUUUGUAUUUGUACAUUAAAUACAAAAAACAUUACCUGAUAUAUGAAUCAAUAAGGUAAAGGGUAAUUUUAUAUGUAAAAAGUAUUAAUUAUUCAGCAAUUACUCUUUCAUCUACCUCUAAGAAAAAUUGAGUUUACAAAAUAGUUUAUUUUAAAAAAAAGUAAAACAUUCUUAAACUGCUGGUCCAAAUAUUUAUUCUUACUUCAACAUUGAAUGAAGUCUGUAGCCCUAGAUUUCUGUCCCCAGCAGGCAUGGGGCCAUGGGUUCUCUCCAGCUUCAAAGCCAGAGAGAAGCCAUGGCCCUGUACUGGCUGGGGACAGAGAACACCAGCACCUACAGCCUGCUACAUGUAGAGUAAUACAGGCAUGAAAGAAAACUGCUAGUGUUGUUAAGUGGCAAAUUAUUGGUUUCAUUUACUAUAAGAUAGCUGCAGUGUUUAAACAACUGAUGCCUUUAAAAACAAUGAGAUUUGUACAGUAAUGUCUGAAGAUUUAAGCUAGUUCACUUUUCUCACAGUGUUUUUAGAAUUAUCUAGAAAUCAGUCUACAAAUAAAUGUUCCAUAAGGGAGAUGGCUCAGGGCUUAAGAGGAGGGUAGCCAUCACCUUCAGCCCCCAACUAAAACCUCUCCAGCACAUCAAAGACCU